GCAGUACUUGCGGAAAACAUCCUGUUUGAGUGGCUAAUCUGACCUACACAUUCCAAAGCCGGUGAGGACGUAAUCGGCGCGCGGCUAUAAAUUACUCUGUACGGAUAUGAGAUGCCAAUAUUUGAAUAGUUGUGAACCCAGAUUGAUCGUGGUGAGAACUGUUAGAAGUUGGAUAUAUUGUGAUACACGUGUUGUGUGGUAACCCGUCAGUAUGAGGCCGACUACAGUUAGUUGUUAUUACCCAGGACUAUGUUUACUGUUGACAGCCCUGUACCCCUUGUAUACUUCCGCUGUUGUGCUCAGUCUACCCGGCCGUGGUUCCUUGGUUUGGAAGCACUUUAAGCUGAAAUGUGGUCUCCACUGUGCCUAUGGUUACGAUACGGACGUCGAGGGUGGACCCAUCUGUAAAUGUCAGAACCCAUGUAGGAACGUCUUCUGCUUUGAGGGAACUGUCUGUGUCAUCAAGAAAGCUAAGGACUGCAUAGGAGGGUUCUGUAGCCACGAGGCAGUAUGUGAAGAUGAAACAUCUACUACAAAUGAUGUUUCUAACACUAUGGGGCUCAAUAGGGGGUCACCAGCCUUCACAAACGAGGUGUUCGAUAUCGAUACUCUACAACAAGACUCUGGUACCACCAUCAGUGGAACAAGUCCUGUUGACGUCACUGAUAUUUGCGUAGAUCAGCCGCCACCGGAAGCAUGGAAGUGUGACCGGAAAGAGAAGAGGUACUAUUUCAACAGCAAUAAGGGAAUGUGUCUGAGGUUCCGCGGAUGUCAAACUGUAGGAAACAACUUCAGACGUCGGAAAGAUUGCAAGAGGACAUGCAUAUCGUCGAAAUCGAAAACAGGAAGCCUGACAAGACAGAACCGGAAGCCGUCCAGAGAAACUAGUAACGAGACCAACAUAUGUGUUCUCAGCCUAGACGACUCCAGCCAAUGCAGAGGUAGGACCGUCAUGAGGUGGCAUUUCAGUCUCGAGAAGGGCACGUGUGUAAGGGUCAAGGCUUGCAAAACAUCCUUUGGUAACUAUUUCCGGAAACGCAGACAGUGCAAGAGACAGUGCAUGAGGAAAAACCGGAGUACCAUCAGGCGUCGAAAAAACAAAAAGAGGUCAAAGAGCCGGAGGAGGGGCAUCAUCAGAAACGAGUUUAACGGCUAGCCAGAUUGCCAGUGAUUCCCGGUGGAAAGCCUCUGUUCUCUAAGAAUUGGCACCGUUUGCUAACACGGUCCCUGCAUGGAAGUCCGCGCGUCAGGAUCCUUCCUGGCUACAAAAGUAUCGCCUCGUGAUUACAUCACUGUGUCAUCAUGAAGCAGGCGGGCAAGAUAUUCCAACUCCAUCGCAGAUUUGGUCAUUUUCAUCAUCAAAACAAAACAAAAAAACUUUUUUCGCAAAUAUUAUUUCUGACCAAUGCUGUUGACCUCGAUCUGUAGUUUCCCGUGCGAGGUCUGCACGUGAAGUCCCUACUGUCCCCAGAGUGGGUAUUUAAACAGGCACAAAAGACAUGUAUGUUGAGCAAAUGUCGACAGUGUGUUGACCGCGUGUAACUGAGACGACGUGUUAGCCGCGUGUAUGAGAUAUUGUGUAACUUGUAUCUGGUGUAGUUGGUGACAGACUGCGUCGCCGUGCGAUGAAAUUUGCCUCAAUACAUUCUGGAACGAACGCUGUUGAGGAGUUCCAAAAACUGUCAUGUUUACAGCUUUUAAAGCCAGACGAACGUCCUCACGACGUCAUGCAACCGACACUGGAUCCGACUGGAUUCAAAGAUAUCUAGAUAAUUGGGCAAUGGAAAUUACGAUGACCCUAUCAACCCCACCUGACAACAACGCUGAGCGUUGAUCUGGACCAUGUUUUCGUGGGGAUGGAAGGGUUGCAUGCUCGUAGAUGAAUCCUAGCAUUCCGAUCGAUACAAAUCCCUAGUAACAGGUGUUAACAGAUUCUGUGGCUUUCGCGAGAAAUAGACUACGAGACUGUUGAAAGACUUACUGACAUGUAUUGUUGAGGAUAGACUGGAAUAUUAGGGCUCAGCUAAGAUUUAAAAUGUUAUCGGCUCGUGAUCUUAUUUUGUUGUUAUUUAUGGUUAUUUUGAGAUAUUUAUAUUUAUUGAUUUUAUUUUUAUAAAUCGCAAAUAAAACACUUAAAUUCACAAA